UUUGCUAGUGGCUCUGGUCUUGUGCGCUAACCAGAAGUAUUCUUAUGAAUUAACUACCACGGCAGUUUUUCUCCAUUUAACUAGCAGUUACUUUAAUUCUUUUACAUAAUUGACGGACACAACAGUUAUUGUUGACGCUUGUCAGACUGCGUGCCUUUUACUCUGCUUCGGUAUUAGUUGUGCUUCCAGAGUUAGCUGUUAGCGACUUAGCACUGUCAGCGCUUACGGUGACAGCUUUUAACCAGCUCCGGAUAAACAGACAUUUAUAAAUUACUUGGAUCAACAGCAGCCGGAAGUAUUCCGGAAUUUGUGAUACUUCCUCACAAUGUAUCAGACCUUUGGUAAGGGAACAAAUGAUGACACUGAGCUAGCUAAACGGAGUUAGCCUGCUCGCAUCACCGGGGUCGUCUUCAAGUCGCUGACAGAUUGAAGGACAUAAACUGAACUAUCGACGGCAAAACGUGUGCCAUCAUCGACAAGCAGCAACAAUGGCUAACUUGACAGACCUGCAAGCAAAAUACAGCAAGCUGGCACAGGAGUAUUCAAAGCUCCGUGCCCAGAACCAGGUGCUGAAGAAAGGUGUUGUUGAUGAACAGGCAAAUUCUGUCUCACUAAAAGAGCAGUUGAAGCAGAGGGACCAAAGCCUCAGAAAGCUGGAGCAAGAAAUGGACAGUCUCAGCUUCCGAAACCAACAGCUGGCCAAAAGGGUGGAGCUUCUCCAAGAGGAGUUGGCUGUUAGUGAAGCCAAGGGCAGAAAGGGGAAGAAUAAAGGGGACUCGCCCUCAAAGCAUGGCUUGCAGACCCAGAGUGUGUUUGAUGAGGACCUGCAGAAAAAGAUAGAAGAGAAUGAGCGGCUUCAUAUCCAGUUCUAUGAAGCAGAUGAGCAGCACAAGAGGAAGGAGGCUGAGCUGAGGUCGCGACUCGAGAAACUGGAGCGAGAAUCUGAACAACACCAGGCCAUUGUGGAUGGACUCACCACGAAGUACAUGGAAAAUAUUGAGAGGUUACAGAGUGACAAAGCACGCUUAGAGAUGAAAGCGCAGACUCUGGAGAGGGAAGCAAAAGAAUGUAGAAUGCGGACAGAAGAGUGUCAGCAGCAGUUGAGGCGAUGCCAGUCUGAGCUGAGCCAGCAGAUGAAACAAAGCAGCAGUGUUAUCCAGGAGAAAGUGCCCUUCAAUGACACCAAAUUUAGUGACUACAACAGCUUAAAUGUGCCACCACACAAUCGAAGACAUCAGCUUAAGGCCCGGGAUGUGGCAGGUCAGGCUCUGAGCUUUGUUCAGGACCUGGUGGCUGCUCUGCUGAACUUCCACUCCUACACAGAACAGAGAGUGCACAUCUAUCCGCUCGACUCCUCCAUUGAACCCAUCACCCCUUUGAACCAGAAGUUUUCUCAGUAUCUGCAUGAGAAUGCAGCGUUUGUGCGCCCUCUUGAGGACAGCUUUUUGCAAUUGCAUCAAAGCAUCACAGAGAACACAGUUACUAUGCUGGAAACUGUGGUCAAGCUGAAGAACUUUGCUGAUCAUUUUUCCUCUUACACACACUUUCUGCAAAAGAUUCUUCCCUAUCAGCUCAAAAGCCUGGACCAAGAGUGCGAAGCGCCUCUUUGUACCGCUGCUCUUUCUGUGAAAAACCGAGAGGUGCAAUGUGAUAUGAAGAGAGUGACCGCUGUGUUUGAGAAACUGGAGAACUACAUCAAUUUGCUGGCCUUACCUAGUGUUCAGCAGGAUGCCGUGCCACAGAGCAGCACCUCUGCUGUUUUCACCCAGAUGGCUGCCUGCUUACACAGUCUUCACGACGGCGUUAAAGAGAUGUCAAAGCACUACAACCAGAAGGCUGCCUUGGAGCAGGAGCUUCCCACCAUCACUCAGAAGCUCAGUACCACCACGGAGUGCCUCCUGGGAUCUCUGGUCUCACUGACCAGCAGCACUAGCAAGAUUGCCACUUUCUUCAGCAACAAUUUGGAUUUCUUCACAUCCACAGGGUACAGUCCAAGAGGUGGCACUGUAGCCCUCAACCCCUUGCAUGCUGAAAGUAUGCUAGCUAAUAAAAAGAAGGCAGCUGCUUAUAUCCAUACCAUCGCAAAGCCUCGGCCACAGUCUGUUCCAUACAGAGAAGCCUUGUCAAACCGCCGAAUACUUACCAGUUCCACUGAGAGUAGAGAAGGUCUUGCUCAACAGGUGCAGCAGAGCCAGGAGAAGAUUGCUCGGCUCGAGCAAGAGAAGGAGCACUGGCUCCUGGAGGCCCAGCUGGGGAAGGUGCGGUUAGAAAAAGAAAACCAGCGCAUUGCAGACCUGGAAGCACAGCUCACAGUGGCUUUAGGAGGAAGUCCAAACUCUCACAGAAGCCCUGCCAGCACACUCGCACACAGCCAUGAGGAAGAGGAGACCGAGCACAAACCUGCAGGGAAAGAGACCACGCUGUGCACCAGCCUGGUUGGCAUGCUGUGCACAACACCAACAGUUGAGCAUAUGGGAGAUGCAGAGUCCUGGGAACAGCUGAUAAAGACUCACUACAUGGCCAGAGUAGGAGAGCUCACCACCCAACUCCAGAUUUCAGACAGCAAAACCGUGCACUUCCAUUCAGAGUGCCGUGCUCUGGCAAAGAGAUUAUCUAUGGCAGAAAAAUCACGGGACAGCCUGCGUGAGGAGGUCAAACUGGCCAAUCAGAACAUCACACAUUUGCAGGAUGAGCUGGCCACGACUAAGAGGAGCUAUGAAGAUCAGCUGAGCAUGAUGAGUGAUCACCUGUGCGGUAUGAAUGAGACACUGAGCAAGCAGAGGGAGGAAAUCGACACCCUCAAACUGGGCAACAAGGGAAAUGCCAAGAAGAACAAAAGUCGCUAAAGAUGAACGUGCUGCACUGGCCUAGUUUGGCAUCACUUGGAGGGAGCAGUUGGACUGUGGAGCGACUCGGCAGCAUCCUGUUACCAGUUCUACCACGUCACAAUUACCGCAGGAUGGAGAAGCCAUACGAGCCUCGGGCGUCUUCACUGUCAGAACGGCUCAUAGACGGCUCAGACAUUUCUGACUGAAGGGACUUCUGUUUUUCCUCCUGUGUUCAUCAAAGCCCCGGUUGAAACAUUAUUUGGUGAAACUGCACAGGAAGCCGCUAUGUGAACCUUUGGCCAAUGCAGAGGGAGGGCGGGGGAGAAAGGGAGGCACUUAAACCCCCUUAGGGACACAGGACGAUAAACAGCUGAAGACAUGAAGACCAAACUGUACUGAUUAGUCCAUGGAUGUUCCAAAUUUAAUGUAUGUUUGAGACUGAAAACAACUGCACUCCGUUUGCUAAUCUGUGGGCGAAGUCGACCAGAGUAAAUACAGUAUGUUGGUGUGACUGUGUGCUAGAAACGUGACUAUAUUGUCAGGCUUUACAGUGAAAAUUGUUUUACAUUUAGAAUAAAAAAAAAAAACAUCAAAACUAAGAAUCUAAGUGCAAGUGGAUGCAUGGGUCAGCCUGUUUGUCCAGAUACAUUCAAAAAUUCCUUCUAGCACAGACAGAAAUCAAAAGUUUGUGUCAAGAACCUGAAUGAACAGCCAACAAAGACACACUGGAAUUCAUUUAUCCUUUUGGAAUCUCUUCAGUCUCCUGGGUGUGGAAGAAAAGAAGUGUGCCUGGAAGCACUGAUUAACUGUUUAGUGAGACUAAAGGGUAGGAUGAACAAGUCGGAGCUCGUAAAACGGAGUCGGCAUGUCUUUGUGGGCAACCUGUGUCACAACAGUAAUUCUUUCACCAAAGUUUAGAAGCCUCAUGUGUAGCACAUUGUGCUCUAAAGUCAUAGUGAUUUAUGCAGACAAAAGGUGUUCUAGUCAGUAUAAACACAUUUCACAUUGUGGUAUAGAUAAUUGUACUGUAUGAUUUCUUUAAAAAUAUAUAUGCCAUCUAUUAUGAGUUUACAAAUUAUUUUCCCAAAAAUAUGAAAAAUGAGUGUGUGUUAAUGAAAGCUAGUUUACAGCAAGUGUUCGUGGAUGUCGACGACAACUCUUAAUUGUUCGGUUGUGUUCGGACCACCUGAUUUGUCUGUUGACAGACUGUAGUUUAUAGUCGGUAUGGCUUUUUGUGACGCAGUGAGGAAAGUGAAGCAGUGAAUGUCUUGUACCAGUCUACACCUGCCAGCAAAGCUUUGAUCACAAAGAUUUGCCACCGCACUGACAAAGUUACAUAAUCACAAUGUAUCCUGUUCGAAAGCACAUUAAAUGUGUGAAACUAUAUAAAGAAGGUGCAUUCAAGUGCUGCUUUU